CCUCGUCAAAACACAAUGCCUCGUAGUCACAAGCAGAGGCCCAGCCAGCUGCGGCUCAGAACUAAAGCCGAGCUCAUUGAGAAGCUUGCUGGGCUCCGGCAAGACCUCUUGAAGUUACGUGUGCUAAAGGUCACAUCGCCUACGUCCCCAAAGCUCCUUGGCAUCCGAGCUGCCCGCAAGGAUAUUGCACGGAUUUUGACUAUCAUGAACCAAAAGGCCCGCGAAAACCUCCGGAAAUACUACAAAGAUAAGGACUCUCUUCCGUUGGAUUUGCGCCCAAAGAAAACUCGUGCUAUUCGUCGUCGGCUGACCAAACAUCAACUCAGCGUGAAAACUGUGGCUCAAAGGAAGAAGGAUAUUCAUUUCCCCAUUCGUAAAUACGCUAUCAAAGCUUGAACCCGUUAUCGACACCCACACCCACCCACUUCCCUCUCAAUCCUCAUGAGCGUCAUGGAGUUCCGGC